AUGUUUGGUUUUGCCCCGGGGUGGAGUAAAUCAGUGCCAACAAAUGCACAAACAACAGGCAUGCAGCGUGCCACAGUUCGAGCUAACGCUGCCCCGCCACAAAAAACCGUUGCAGCCAAUGCUAAUGCUUAUCUUGGAUCACAAGUGAAAUAUAAACCUUUGUCGACUGCUAAUAUAAAUCAUUCGAGGGAAACAGCGAAUCAGAAUUUAUCAGCGAUGACAGGUGCUGCUUCUGGUUAUUAUGAUUGCGAUUAUUCGAUGAAUUAUGGUUAUUAUAAUAACCAUUUUGCUGGUUAUGUGCCGCUGACAUCAACAGCAACAUCCUCAUCAACUACAAAUACCAUUAAUUAUACUCUUUAUGGUCGUGGCAUAGCUAAUUCUAACAGCGAAGCGGGUUUUCAGAGUUCAGCCUUUCCUUCGCUUCUUAGAGGGACAUUUCCGCGAAAGGGUCGCACAGUUAGUAAAACUAAUCGUGAUGGAGGGCCUGCAAGUAAGAAACAAAAACAUUACACAACUGCUGGAAAAUCGGCCGCAAUGAUUCUAAAUGAACUUUUCCCUGCUUUCAGAGAUAAUUGUUCUUAUGAUUCGGUUGGUGGUGUCGUCCCUCGUUUCAAGUGUUCUGUCACUGUAAAUUAUCAAACAUUCAGUGCCGAAGCAUCAAGCAAAAAAGUAGCGAAACAAUUGGCAUGUGAAAGAGCUCUAAAAUCUCUUCGACCUGAUGUGGUACUUGAUGUGCCUUCAUAUGAGCAGACUGAGGCUUCAAAAUUAGCGACUAUUGAGGCUCGUACGGGAAACGGUUCUGCUAAAGAUAUUAAGAGAUUAGAGUUACUGAAAACGUCGAAUUCAUUGCAUGAUUACUUCUUAAAAUUAUGCAGGAAUCGAGAAGCUGAGACUGGUAUCAAAUAUAAUCCAGUUUUCUCAUUUUCCGAAAUACCAGGUGCUGAAAACGCUAAAGCUCAUAUGAAGCGCUUCAGAUGUACAUUAACAAUGUCGGAACAAAAAAAAGUUUAUACCAAUGAAAAUAUUGGAAAAACGGCUGGAAAAAACUGCAUCAUUAGAGAGAGAAUAACGAGUAAUUUUAUUUUUCAGGCAUUAAUGGAUAUUUUUGAAGUGUCUGAUACUGAAAUGAAUGAAAUCAUCCGCCAGUCCUUGAAUUUACGAUACGGGAAACCAAAGCAGGUCCUCCUGCAAGCACUCAGUUUCUUCGGUCGUUCAAUGCAAAUUAAAGUGGAUUCGUGCAGUACGACACCUGCCAAAGGAACAAAUCCUCAAUAUAUGGCGAUGAUUUCACUCGACAAUGAUAACAGAAUAUUUAUUGGACCGGCUGAGACUAGCAUAGCAGAAGCGAAGAAUUCAGCUUAUCUCAGAGUUAUUGAAGAAUUGGGUUUUCAUAUGCCAGCAGAGGAGGAAGAUAUUCCUCUAAAAAAAACUUCAUCGGUUCUUUCUCCAUGUUAUGCUUUGCACCAUCUGAUGCUUAAACAGAAUCAGAAUGAACCACCAAAUAUUGUUUAUGCGGAUCCAGAAAGUAUUGGUACAAACCAAUCGAAGCAGCCGUUGUUUAAGUGCAAACUUACUGUCAACAACAGUUAUUUAUUUGAAGGAGUUGGUCUCUCAAAAAAAGUGGCAAAAAAUGCUGCGGCAGAUCAAGCAUUAAAACAAAUUUUCAAUUUCGAUAUGUCUUCAAGUGAUGCAUAUGAAACACUCAUUUCAAAAUGCAAUAAGAAUGACGAUGAACUAAAACUGUGUUGUGAUAUAUCAAAAUUAGUUCAUUCUGAAUAUGAUUCAAUAUGUUUGCAACAAGCUUGUCCCAAGACGAGUCACAUAUCAGCUUUCGUAUUAAUCAGUCCUACUGGUGAGCGAAUGAUGGUAGCACUAGGUGCAGGUCGCAAUGCAAUUGUCGAUGGUCAUAUAUUGGCCAAUAGUCCUGGAAAUGUGCUCAUUCACAUGCAGAGUGUGGUAUUGGCACGCAGAGCUCUGCUAAUUUAUCUGCACAAACAAAUUGAACGUUCGAGCGCUCCAAAGUCAAUUCUAGAAAAGUCUUCGAUUUCUAGUAAAUUUCGCCUUAAGCAAGGUUAUAAGUUGGUGCUGUUUAUGGCUUUUCCACCAAAUGCUUUGCCUUCUGGAUCUGAUAAACAGAAAUUGUCUUGCUAUACAGGAGGAGGUCAUAUCGAAACUUGUAAUCAGCAACAAACUUUCGAAGUUAUGUGUGCAGCGGGAGUGAGUGUGAUGAGCAUUGCUGAUAAGAUUCUUAAAUGGAAUAUAGUUGGACUUCAAGGUGCACUGCUUUCUCAUAUAAUGGAGCCGAUAUUUAUUAACAAAGUAUGCAUAGGUGCACCUUCAUCUGAAAAAGCUGUAAAAAACGCUAUUCUUUCUCGUUAUGGAGGUAUCAAAAAAGCGGGAUUUUCUGUCAAAGCUUUACACGAAAAUAUUCAUCCUCAUGGAGAAAUAUAUCACAACUGGGUUGCAGGAAUAGGAACGAUUGAACGUCUCGAUCCGCUUAGUUGCCGUUCUGUGACAGGUUCACCAUCUCGACUUUGCAAAUUUGAAUUGUUCGAAAGUUGGUCUCGCUUGCUAAAUGUCUGUGGUGUAAACUGGAAACCAAUGUGGACAUAUAUGCACGCUAAAAAAGGUGCAAAUGAGUAUAUGGCAAAUCUUGAGUUAUUUUAUAAAAAGUUGGAAAAUUUGAAACUGGGCAGUUGGCAAAGAAAAGAUCCAAUAAUUGAUAAUUUUACUUUAAUAUCUUCACAGUAG